UCUUUCUUACCUUCGGGAGAAUAUUGAGAAAGUAGUACCCCGAAGUAGAAUAUCCUCAAGAAGAAUCGUCUAGCUUAAAGACUACUAUAUCGGACAUCAUGCCAUUGAAGAAUUUUUGGAGAUCGUUGCCGCUACGAAGCGUCAACGGGAUGGUGAGUCAGCCUCAACCUCCCAAGUUGUUUCUGAUUCCAUUACCUCUAAUCGACCCCAGAGAUCAUCGAUUGUGGUGGUAGAUGAUUCUCCUCUUUCCCCCGCCACAGAACUAUUGAGAACACUCCUCCCUAACAUUCGGGCCAGAUGUUGGGCAAGCGUCCCACUGACCAUGCAACAAAGGCCUGAAAGAAGAUCCGAUCAGACCGUUCUGUUGUUGCGCUUGCUUCUUCUGUAGCCUCUGCCUCAAAGAUGGCAGCCGUCGGGUCUCCGAUCAUCCUCAUGCUUGCCUUGAAGAAUCUAAUGAUAACCAAUUCUAACACGACUAUAGGUAACGCCAAAGUUGCCUUUGCAAUUAUUUGCUGCUCCAUUCUCCCUACAGAUGCUGCUCGGCUGGCCAAAUAGUCAGAUGUAUCCGUCUUCUCGUAGGCUUUACAUUUUUCUUUAGUGAGUCUGUUCUCUACCUACGUGGCCAUGGCUUGCCAUAACAAAACAAUCAAGGUAGCUGACAAAUUAAAGACCUCUAGGGAUUGUCAAAACGAGAGGGUGAAGGAGCUCCAACUUCGACUGGCGGUUUCGGAGGGCAAGGUGGCGGAGGCUAAGAAGAAGCUUUAGACGAUGGAUUCAUUGCUGAAGUCUUCAUUGCAGGAGAUUAUUGUCCUGAAGGAGGAGAAAGAGAAACUCUCUGCUACCCUUAUUGCUUUUGAGGAAAGUUCUGCCGAUGCUAUCGAGACUGCCAAGGAGGAGGGAUACAAUGAGGCCACAGCUGUUUAUGAGGUGCAGUUCACCAAACUAGAGAACGUACUCUUUGAAGAUGGCUGGAUGGCUGCACUUCAAGUUGCCAACGUCCUAUUGGAGUUCGAGCCGAAAAAGAACAUUGCUUACCUUCGCCCAAAUGCCUUGGAAAAACCGAGUGAAGAGAUUGUUAAAGGGGCUGGAACUGAAAACCCUUAUGCAGUAGAGUGAUGAACUAACAUGAUAUUUUUGUUUUGUUUUUUGUUUGUUGCUUCUUUUUUUUUUCCUUAGACAAUUGAGGCAUGUCCUUUACGAUGGUUUAA